CCUCGGCGGCGGCCAAUGGCGCCGCGGUCGAGGGUUGGGAGGUGGGAGGUGCUGGCCCGCCUGCCGUGCGCGGCUCGUCCGGCGCGUGUGCCCGGCCGCCCGCUCGUCAUGGAGGAGGUCCUGGCGGAAGAGCUGGACGAUGAGGAGCAGCUGGUGAGAAGGCAUCGCAAGGAGAAGAAGGAGCUGCAAGCCAAAAUUCAGGGAAUGAAGAACGCUGUUCCCAAAAAUGACAAAAAGAGGAGGAAGCAACUGACUGAAGAUGUAGCUAAGUUGGAGCGAGAGAUGGAACAGAAACACAGGGAGGAGCUGGAGCAUUUGCAGCUGACUUUGAAGGAAAAUAAGAUAGACUCUGUUGCUGUUGACAUUUCAGACUUGGUGCUUGAGACUCAACCACCUCGGAUUUCAAAAGCACAAAAGAGACGGGAAAAAAAGGCUGCGUUGGAGAAGGAGCGGGAAGAAAGAAUAGCUGAGGCUGAAAUUGAGAACUUAGCUGGAGCCAGACAUGUAGAGAGUGAAAAACUUGCUCAGAUAUUAGCAGCCAGAGAAUUGGAAAUUAAGCAUAUUCCAUCUGAUGGCCAUUGUAUGUAUGGAGCGCUUGAAGAUCAGCUGAGAGAUCAGGACUGUGCUCUGACUGUGGCUGCCCUGCGGAAGCAGACUGCUGAGUACAUGCAGAGCCAUUCCGAAGACUUCCUGCCGUUUUUAACCAACCCCAACACAGGAAACAUGUAUACUCCAGAGGAGUUUGGAAAAUACUGUGAUGAUAUUGUUAACACAGCGGCGUGGGGAGGUCAGCUUGAGCUAAGAGCUUUGUCUCACAUCUUACAAACACCAAUCGAGAUACUACAAGCAGAUGCUCCUCCUAUUGUAGUUGGUGAAGAGUAUUCAAAGAAUCCUUUAAUUCUAGUAUACAUGAGGCAUGCAUAUGGCUUAGGAGAACAUUAUAAUUCUGUCACACGGUUGGUGAACUCAGCUACUGAAAAUUGCAGCUAGUUUACAAAAUGUUACACUAUAUUUUAUAGAGUGUGUCAGUCUGCAUAUUCCUACCAAGUGCUAGAUUGUUGUAAAUGCUACUGAAGAACACAGCUACCUUAUGUCAGAUUUACAAAUAAGCUUACCAACAGGCUUUUUAGAAAUAUAUUGGAUUAACUUUAACCAAUGCCCUCCUUAGUGGCAUUCUUAGAAUUUAGAGUCUAUUGUGGACACAUUGUUCCAAGAUGUUAACACUUCUCACUAAUGAGUUUUAGUUAUCCUGGACAUUCUGAUUUUGAAUAAAUAUUGUGUUAAAUUUUGGUCCCACAACUUUAUAUCCCUAAACUGAGUAUUUUGAUGUAAUUUUUUAAAAGUACGGAUACUCUGUCUUGAUAGGAACACAUAGUGUCAGCAAGUUUGUUAUAAAAUGAGCUCAGUCACAGUAACUUUGGUAUUGCUAGGAUCAGCAAGGGGAAGCUUAUUAUGUAGCACAUCUCUGCAGCCAAGGAGGAACUAUUUUUAGGAAACAAUACUUAUAUGAGAAUCAGUUAUGUUCAAAGAAAUGAGACAAAAUCAGUGGUGUUCAUUGUGUGAGUUUCAUUCCUUUUUACAAGUGGAGAUUGUCCUUUUCUGUGUGUAUAGCUUUUAAAAGACCAACUUCAGCAUUGCUGUUUUUUCAGUUUGAGGCUGGAGUUACUUUGUGUCUUUAUUUCUCUUCACAACUAAGAAUUUUUACAUUUUCUCCAACACUUGUCAGAUGCUUUGCUUUCCCUAGAGCCUUUCUCUGCUGAGAAAUAUCCAGUGGCCUCUGGAUUCAAAGAAAGCCAUGGCAGCAGAUUAUUUUGUUACAUACUGUAUCACUUUUACAUUCAAAUGUUUAAUUAUUGUACUAUAUAUGUACAUAUAGGUAAAGUUAAAGGCCACUGUUCAGGAGCGAGAGCUGAAAAUGAGUUCAGCACACUUUUCAGGGGAGUGAUUUAUGUAACCUGGAUUUCAUACCACUUCAACUGUUCUUUGUAAGAGAGUUGUGCCCACAUGCACUCUUGUGUCCACUAUGUUUACGUAGUGAAGUGUCAUGGGAUGGCGACACAGCUCUAGUAGCGCACUAGCUUAUGCAUGAGGCUUGAGGUUCACUCUCUAGCACCAACAAAAACACCAAUUUCAUGAAAGUGAAACUUUUUGGUUUGAUCUGGUUUUUUUCCAAGUUAGAAAUAUAAUAAGGUUGAGCAUCACGUUGAUAAUAUUUGGGCUUUUGGUUCAUGUAUACUGUCUAUGAGUAAAUAAUGGGCUUAUGAUGUUACAAAUAGGUAACACUGGCGAGAUGGUAGAGACUGGUCAGUAGAGCAAGUCAGGACUUUUGAGAUCAUUCUAGCACACUGAAACAUCCUCUGCCCCCUGUACAGUGUGUUCUAAAGGGUGCCUGCCUUGUAACUUCUGAUCUUUCUUUUUUUUCUCUCUGAAAUUUACAAAAGAAUGAAGUUGUAAAUUGAAUGCUUUUGAGUUUAUUUUGAAGUAAUAUUAUCUUCAUGUUAAAAUAUCACAUUGAGGAUGAAAUAUGAAACUUAGUUAUAGCAAAUUACAUUUUCAACAAAGAUAGUCUAACAUAACUCAUUAAUGUUUUGUUUUGACAAGAAUUUAAGUGUAUUCAAUUAUGUGUUUCUGUUUUUUUGUGUAUGUUUUAUUUUAAAAUGGCCAGUAUAUUUAUGAAUAAAGUGAACGGCCAAUGUCUACCUUCUUUAAACGAAAAGAAAAUAAGUCUUUGAAGAAUGCAGAUGUUAAUUUAAAAACAUGCGAAUUAGUUUUGUUGCUGCUGCUGCUGCUGGUAUAAUGGGAAUCCCAUGAGCUUUCUUUAGUCCUGAUUGGAAACGUGUAUGUCAAAAUUCUAGAAUUUGUCUUUUGCCAAGAAUUUUAUCCACUUACAUAUGUUUAUAGCCUGUAAAAAGUAAAACACAGAAUGUGUAACUGUUAUGAGCAAGAUAGCUUUGCUCAUGUUAUCUGAUGUUUGCCAAAAGAAUAAAUGAUAAAGGAGUUGAAUCAA